AAAGAAUUUGUUUCAAAACUGAGAGGUACGUUGUGGCUGUCUGAUUCUAUCGGCAAUUGAGCUGUGACGAUGAAACAUGUUCUAUGCACUGAUCUGUUAUGAAACGAGUAAAGUAAAAGUAUAAGGUCAAAAGUAAAAGUUGAGAUCAAGGGGGAGAAUGUUAGGAUGAUCUCCACCGUGUGGGCCCAACGGCCCACCAGGCCCUUAGAUCCGCGCCCUGAUCGGGGGCGCUCAACCAACUAUGGUUGACGGGCCCCUGUCACCUGCACUAUAUAUAAAAAGGUGGGGUCGGCGGCUCGCGAUACGAGGUUCGUCGCAACGCCGUACACCCCACCUAAUCCCCUACCGAUCUAGGGUUAGUGCAGUGCUGAUGGGAAGCGCCGCCACCACUUCGCCCACUACUCUUUGCCAUCACCGGCCACCGUCACCAUGGCCGGCACCGGUGGCUCCUCGAGCCACAAGGAGAAGCACGAGGUACAAGACUGCCUACCACUUCCGGCCUCCCAGGAACUGGAUCAAUGAUCCAUGUGGACUAAUGUACUACAAAGGCAUCUACCAUAAUUUCUACCAGUAUAACUCCCACUGCGCCCUCUGGUGUUGGGGUGACAUAACUUGGGGCCAUUCGGUUUCGACAGACCUUGUCAACUGGAUCCAGCUUGAACCCGUGAUAGAACCGGAUAACCCUAGUGACAUAGACGGCUGCUGGACCGGUUCAGCCACAAUUCUAUCUGGUGGUCAACCGGUCAUCUUAUACACCGGUGGUAGCAGAGACAAGUGUCAGGUCCCAAACCUUGUGCUUCCCAAGAACCCGUCUGACCCGUACCUGAGAGAAUGGACCAAAACCGGCAAUAACCCAGUGAUCCAGCCGGUAGUACCGGGUUUGAACAGAAGCCAAUUCAGGGAUCCGACGACCGGUUGGAUCGGACCAGAUGGACUGUGGAGAAUAGCAGUAGGUGCCUGUUAGAAUUAAUGGGCUAGGCCCAUAGCAAUUUCUGAAAUCUCAAAGCCCAUGUGUAAAAUGGCAAGUGGUGAUGCUAAGUUUAG